AAUUAUAAAAUGUUUAUUGCUGUCGGUAGGACCAAAGACGUAAACACUGUAUGGAGCGGACCUGAGGUGUUGGGAGGGAAAUGGGGACAUAUACAGUAAUGAAAGAAAAACAUAUUUAAAGGUAAGUGUGUCAUCUCGAAGUAGUCUACUCUAAUUUAUGUUAUGGAAUAAAAUUAUUAAUUUGAAUCAGUAUUGGUUGAAUAUUAAACUAUAGGACAAUGGAUUUGGUGACAAAGCUUUAGGAAAAACUGUAUGGUUGGCAUAUCAUGGAGAAAUCAGUUUAUCUUUGCAAGAUAAGGAAUAGGAGAUUAUGGUGAGAUAACUGGUCUUAAGUAACUGAGGAAGAGGUCCACUUAAAAGUGUUCUCUACGUGGUCUGCUUGUUUAUUUUUUAAGUUUAUGAUUUCUGGCACAUGGGGGAAAGGCAGCCCAGAGCACAAGUCUGGAAGAGCCAGUCCAUAAAAUAUCAACCUAGAAAGCCAGAGUGAUUCUUUCCAGGGCUUCUGGCCUGUAAUCACCAAGUAAUGUUAGGAGACCUUCAACAGUGAUUAAGGCCAUAGUCCCUGCAAUCUGACUGCUGAGCGGCAGAUCUUGGCUCUCACUUGCCAUCUGUGCAACCUUGGGAAAGUCAUUUAACUUCUCUGCCUCAGUUUCACCUGUGAAAAGGGGGUAACAGUAGUACCUACUUCAGAGGAUUAUUGUGAUAAGUUAAUGAACCUCAUAGAUACACUUGGAAGAGCUCCUGGUAUAUGGUAAGUGCUCAGUAAACUUUAGCUUUUGUCAUGUUAGAGGAAAUAUAUUUUAUGGCCUAUGUAAAUUAACACUAUGUCUUAUAGAAGAUUCAGUUUGCUCAUUUAAGCUCUAAAUCAUCAACUAUGUGCGGACUAGACCCUCCACUGUAGAUCAUGUUGUAGCUUCUGUUUUUUGUAAGGAAGUACAAGACACAACUCUAGUUUUUGCCUGCAGGCAAAUUUGAACCUAUGUCUCUAUUAAAUUUUCCAGCCAGGGCAGAUUUUUCCAAAAACCUUAUUUUCCAUAUUCUGUGAUAUACAGGAAUCUCUUCCCAUUUGGAUUAUCAGUGUCUUGGAAGGAAGGCACGUGUUUAAAGAAUUGAUCCAAUUUGAUGUUUAAAAAGGGUAUUUAUAAAGAUAAAUUCCACGAAAAAUUUUUUUUCAAUCAGGUCUUCACCAACCCCCUCCUCCCCCCAUGAAGUCAUUCUUUGUUUGGAAUAAACUUGGAAAACAUUGAAUUUAAGAUAACGAGACUACAAUUUACCAACCCUGUCUCUGUAAAGCAAGUUAAAUUUUACUUUGUAAUAAGCCUUGUAAAGAAGUGAUGCUUUCAAUGGAAUUGUAGCCAUUGUCUUGUAAUAACUUUUAAUGGCGUGUAACCUGUAAAAGUACCAAACAAAGCACGGUGUCGUUCACCUGAAGUGGAUAUUGUAGAUCAACAAAUACUUCAAUUUUUAAAAAUGGGGGGAAGAGGUAGCUCAGUGGUAGAGUGCCUGCCUAGCGAGUACAAGGUCCUGGGUUCAAUCCCCAGCACCUCCACUUAAAAAAUAAGUAAAUAAAUAAACCUAGUUACCUCUUUUCCUAAAAAAAAAAAGAAAGAAAGAAAGCUAUAUUUCCCAUCCUUAAAAAAAGAAAAGAAAAAAAGAAGUGAUGCUUUGUUGGGAGGCAGCUAUGUAGUGUCUCUCCUUAAUUCCGAAGAGUGCUUGUGAAUUGAAGGGCAGUGUUACAGGCUGGCCCGUUGAGGUACAUGUCUCCAGUGGGGCAUUUGCUCAUAGUUAUAAUGAGUGCAAAGAUUUAAUGACAAUCACUAAGAUUCUCUUGAGAUGUAUUAAAUUACAAGACUUCAUUUGUAAAUAAAAUACUCACUUGUGGUUGAAAUUGCAGAGUAUGUUAUAAGAAGUUAUAUUGUCCAUUGUUUUAAGAGACAGAAAUUAUAAGCAAAUUAUUAUUUUUUUAAGCCCACAAAGAGAAUUCAUUGGGUCACAUAACUUAAAAGUUCAUGUAGCUUGACUUUCAGGUUUUGCUGGAUCCAGCAUCUGAAUCUGAAAGAAAGUGUUAAAAACUUGAGACACUCUUUGAGCUCUGCUGUCUUCAGCAUUGACUUCAUUCUCAGGCUACCUCCCUUCACUGGGUGGCACUAGCAUCCAGGUAUACAGUCAGUCAACUUCCUUUUGUCUGGUUGCUCCCCCAGAAGUCUGUAAUCAGAUUCAUUGAUGCCCUUUGCAUCACGUGCCCCAGUGUGUGCUAACAACCGGGAAAUGUUUUGUUAAACUACAGUUUACAGAUGUAAUUCAUAUAUCACUUUUAUAUAAUUCACUUUACCCAUUUACAGUGUACAGUGGUUUUGCAAAUGUUCAGAGUAUACAAACCAUUACCACAGUCACUGUGGAACAUUUUCUGGCCCCUAAAAAGAAUCUCCAUACUCAUUAACAGUUGCUCUCCAUUCUCCCCCAAACCACCCAUCUGCAGGCAACCAUUCAUCUAGUUCUACCUCUGGAUUUGUGAAUUCUGAACAUUACUUGUAAUAUCAUAAUGUGUGGUCUUUUGUGACUCCUCUCACCUGGCGUGAUGUUUUCAAGGUUCAUUCAUCUUGAAGCACAUAUGAACUUUAUUCCUUUUAUCGCCAAGUGCUAAUCCCUUUGUAUGGAUAGGCCACAUUUUGUUUAUCCUUUCACCAGUUAACAGACAUUUGGAUUGUUUCCACUUUUUGUGGCUACUCUGAAUAAUGCUGUCAUGAGCAUUCAUUCAUGUACAAGUGUUAGCAUGGACAUACAUUUUCGGUUCUCUUAGGUAUACCUAGUGAAGUUGCUGUCGUGUCAUGUGAGAACGAUAUUUGACCUUUUCAGAAAUUGCCAGACUGACUGUUUUUGAUGAACCAUAGACAUUCUCGACAGCAAUGCAUAGGAGUUACUUUGUCCACAUACUUACUAACACUUGUCUUUUUGAUAAGCUAUCGUGGUGAGCAUUAAGUGGUAUCCUGUGAUUUUUCUUAAAUUGCCUUCUUUUGGUGAUUAAUGAUGUUGAGCAUCUUUUUGUGUGCAUCUUGGCUGUUGUUAUAUCUUUGGGGAAAGUGUCUAUUCAAAACCGUGUUGACUUUAAACUCGAGUUGUCUUUAUAAAAAUUAUCAAGGUGUGAGAGUUCUUAAAAUAUUCUGGAUUCUGGUUUCUCUCUAGUGAUUGUAUAUGUGAGGGUUUAUUUUUGGAUUCUACUCCAUUGAUCAGUGUUCAUCCUAAGCCAGUCCCACAUGGUCUUGUUUACUGUAGUUUUGUAAGUUUUGAAAUUGAAAGUGUGAGUCCUCCAACUUCAUACUCUUUUUCAAAAUGAAUUUUAGUGUCAGAUUCUCAAUUUCUGUGAAGGAGACAUCUGGACUUUGGUAAGGGUUAUACUGAAUCUGUAGAUCAAUUUGGGGAGUAUUGCCACCUUGAGAGAAUUAAAUCUUCCAGUCUGUGAAUGUGGGAUGUUUUUCCAUUUAUUUAGGUCUGUAAUUUCUUUUGGCAAUGUUUUAUAAUGUUCAGAGUGCAAGUUUUUCCCUUUUGAUAAAUGUAUCCCCAAGUGUUCCAUUCUUUUUGCUGUUACUGUCAGCAGAAUUGUUUUCUUUUCUAGAUUGUUACUAUAUACUUUUGGGUUUCGUGUAUUCAGCUUUUAUUGGGCAACCUAACCAAUCUAGUUCUAUUAGUUUUUUAGUGGAUUCCUUGAAAUUUUCUGUAUACAAAAUGUUAUCUGCAAGUAGAGAUAGAUUAACUUAUCCAUUUCCAAUCUGGAUGCCUUAUUCCUUUUUUCUUUUUGCCAGCUGCCAUGGCUAGAACCUCCAGUACAGUGUUGAAUAGACAGGGGCAGAUAUCCUUGUCUGGUUUCUGAUCUUGCAGAGGGAGACUGUCCAGUCUUUAAAGCUAUGGGGGUUUUUUUGUAGAUACCUUUUGUCAAUUGGAGGAAAUUCCCCUCAAUUUCUAGUUUUAGUCAUUUUAGUAAUUUUAUCUGAAAGAGUGCUGGAUUUUAGGAUGCAUUUAACUUCACUCAUAUUAGAUGCUUUUUCUACAUCUGCUUGCAAUGACCAUGUGGUUUGUGUCCUUUAUUCUACUGAUGUGUUAUAUGGCAUCGAUUCAGUAUAAACAGUCUUGCAUUUCUGGGAAAAGUCCCACUUGGUCAUGGCAUAUAAUUAUUUUUAUAUGCUGUUGUGUUUCGUUUGCUAGUAUCUUGUUGAGGAUAUUUGCAUCUGUAUUCAUAGCAGGUUGGUCUGUAGUUUUAUUGUGAUUUUUUUUCUUUCUUUCUGAUUUUGGCAUUAAGGUAACAUUGGCCUCCAAGUUGAUUUGGGAAGUAUUCCCUCCUCUUUUAUGUUUUGAAAGGUUUUAUAGAACGGAUUUUACAUCCUUAAAUUUUUGGUGUGGAUCACCAGAAAGCCAUCAGGACCUAGCCAUUUCUUUUAGGGUUGUUUUUGGUUACUAAUUCAGUUUCUUUAUAGGUUUCUUCAGAUUCCAUGUGGCUUGAGUUGGUUUUGGUCAAUUUGGGAAUUCUGCACCCAAUUCCAGUGGAUAUAAAGGGGGGGGUUCCCCUCACAUCACCAACAGGCAGUUGUCUGGGGACACUAGUUGGGUGUUUGCAGUUCAGCUGAAUUCUGACACUACCUGGAAAUGGUAUCAGAUUCCACACACUGAGGGCUCAGCGCCACAAGUCGCCUCACCCCGCACCUCAGACACACAGGCCCACAUGGUCACCUGUGCUUCUGACUGGUUACAGGUUGGAGGUUCCCAGGCCCCAAGCCCAGGUUGUUACUGUACUUCUGAUUGACUGAUUUGAGGUUUCCAAGACCCCCCUCUUCAAUUAAUUUGCUAGAGUGGCUUACAGAACUCCGGAACAUUUUACUUACUGGUUUAUUGCAAAGGAUGUUAAAAGAGUAUUGUUACACAGUAUUCAACCGAAUAAAAAACUGAAAAUCUAAUGGGCUUUAUUCAGCAUUUCAUGAAUCGGGGCAGCAUCGCCUCUAGUAAAUAGGAACUCCCGAGGAGCUGCACAAAACGGAAGGCUCUUUUAGGAGCAGGGGCGGGACAAGGAGGUUAUUAGCAAGAGAAAAGAAAGUAUUGUUUCAGGCAAGGUUACCUCACUAGUGCUGACCAGGAAAUUCCAGAAAUUUAAUUCCUGGGAGAUGUUGAAACUAUAAUUAAGUCAUGGUUUGCUGUCCUGGGGGCAAGUGGUUCCAACCUGGGGCCUGUUGUUUCCUUUUUCUUUUUUUUAACAAUAGGAAUUAGCACCCAGAUGGACCGGAUGUGUAGGGUGAUGAGGUAUGUGGGAGAGGGUGUGGGAGCAUCUGUGUCAUUCUCCAGAUCUUGUGUUCACCAACCCUGAAGCUCCCUGAUCUUGUCCUUUUUGGGUUUUUAUGGAGACCUCUUUACAGUCAAGAUUCAUGAAAUCAGUGGCCAUUGGUGACUGAGUGGACCUCCAGCUUCUCUCCCCUCCCUGGAGCUGUGUAGGGGGAGGAAGCUGGAGGGGAGGGGAUGGGAACCCUCUAAUUGUCUGGUUGGUCCUCCUGGCACCUAGCCCCCAUCCUUAGGUGCUGUCUAGAAGUCACCUCACUGAUGCAACAAAAGACACCUUUAUCACUCACUACUUGACAAUCUGAGGGUUUUAGGAGUUCUGGUGCCAGAAAUGAGCAUGAAGACCAAAUAAUACAUUUCUUAUUAUAAAUUACACUGUCGCAGGUGUUUGUCCUGUUCAUCCAAAUGGUCGAGUAUAUUAGCAUACAGUUAAUAGUAUCUCAUUUUUAAAAAUUUUAAAAUUUAUUUUACUUACUUCUUGAAGGGGGAGGUAAUUAGGUUUACUUAUUUAUUUUUAGAGGAGGUACUGGGGAUUGAACCCAGGACCUGUGCACACUAAGCAUGUGCUCUACCACUGAGCUAUAUCCUCCCCCCUGGUAUCACUUUUUUUUUAAUAUAAGGUUGGUAAUAAUGCCCUUAUUCCUGAUUGUAGGAAUUUUUUCAUUUUGAGCCUUUUUUCUUGAUCAGUCUAGCUAAAAACUUAUCAAUUCUGUUGAUCUUUUCAAAGACCCAUCUUGUAGUUUUGUUCAUUUUCUCUAUUUUUGUAUUCUCGUGGCUAAAGUUUGACAGCAGAGGAUGCAAUAUGGAAAGAGGAAAAAGAUAAUGCAUAGGCAAAGUCCACAGAAGUCAGUGCAGGCUUCCAGGUCCUGCUCCAGGAGAGCUGCUUCAUGCUUCCUCUGCAGCUGGACACGGCAGGCGCACAUGGUCUCUGGAGGCAUUGAUAAACACAGUAACAAAUUCUUGAAGAUCCCAAAGAACGUUUGUUUAUGUAGGUUAUAUCAGUAUUUCCUUCAUUAGAAACCAAAGCUGAGACACUUCUAAAAAAUCAUUUCAUUGAAAAGUAACAAAAAAUUCUUACAUAUUAAUGUAAAUGUUGUCCAAAACAGUAGAAAACCAUAGUAACAAGAGUGGUGUUGUUUUGUGUUUUUGCAAAGCUCUUUAGUAUCUUUCUUGGUAGGAAAUAGUUGGAUUCUCCUAUCUGCUUCUGCAUGUAAUGUUUUGCUACUUGUUAUUUUAGUUAGAAGUUGUUGAAGGGUGUUUAUUGGAUGACAGAAAUUCGUUUCUGGUAGGUCACUGCUGCAUUAUGCCCCUAAACAUUCACUGCCACAGUUCCUACCCGCUUUCACGUUUUGCUUCUACGUGCUCAUGUCAUUGGGCAAAGUGUCGUGGCUUGGGUGGCUUAGAGCCUGGGGCUGGUCAGUGUACAGCAGUGGUUGCCAUUCUUUCUCAUUCUGCAAAACUUGAAUGGCUCCCCUUUGCUUGUUAGGGAAGGAAGACAGUGCUGAUCAUGGGGGUAGGGGGCGCACAGAAACCUUUCAGCUAGUUCACCCCGGAUUCUUGCCACCAUCUGCACCAGGGGAUGCUGCUGGCCGAUGGAAGAUCUGAAUCUAAGGACAGUUGAGGGAACAGCUGCUGACUUUGGGAGUGGAUGUCCUUGGAGCUGUGUCCUUGGGCUGAGGCCUGAAUACUUCAUCCCAUUAGUCAUGAUUCCUCAUGGUUUCCUGAUUAAGGGAAAGCAGAACUCUCUUGGGUGUGUUUUCUAGACCAUAGUUACGGCUCUGAAUUUAACUGCCUGCUGGAUCUGUCAUGCUUUACCUAAACUUGCUGACAAGAAGGGAGAUUCUGUCUUAUGCCUCUUCUGGUACCUGAAGUCUUGAAUCAGUCCUCAACCUUCAGUUUUGUAAAAUCUGAAUCUGAACCCCAUGACAGUUAAAAAUGCCGCUGUUGAGGUUCUUGGAAUCUUGUCAGCAGAACCUGGGGCUACCAGAGUAAGCAAUGUAGUGUGCCUAUAACGACGGGGGUGAUUAGCAGGGAGCAACAGGUUUUAUCAGGCUUUCUCAGCAGCAUUGCCGCCUGCUUUAGGGGAACCGUGCAGUUCUAUUCAAGGAGUCUGUCUACCUCAAGAGGCAUAGAAUUGGCUCAGUCCUAUUGUGGUAAGUGGUACUUCUCUCCUGAUGCAGUUUGUGCCUCCAGAACGCUGCAGCUCACGUAGCUGAUACCUGCCUAGCAAACGUUAAUCCCGUGCGCUUGGAGGUAGUUGGCAGGGAUUUCGAGGUGCUGGAGACCACUGCCCCUCUAAAGGGUCGGGCUUCCCUGAGGCGCUGAAAUGAGUUCCUAGACAGAACACCAAAGUAGGGUAACUGCCUGCUUCCUGUGUGCUCUGUGGUCUCUCAUUCCAACUUAGGGAAUAAUACGAGGAAAGGUGGUCUGAAAUUUGUCUGACCUCUGCUGUGAAGACACAGCAAACUAGGUGUAAACUUUCGAGCCCCAACGAUGGUCCCGUUGCCGCUCUGAACUUCCUGCUGCCCAGUCAUGAUGGGUGUAUAUGUGGUUGCCAGCACCCUGAGGCGUACCUGGAUUAACCAGUCAGAAGGGGUAGAGCAAUUUAUUCCCACUUCCCCGCUCUCCCAGGGAGAAAGCCACGUGGCUCUGAGAGCUGUGAACCUUGAUGGCAUGUGGGACAUAAUGGAGUCUGGCCUGGUCAUCCUGCCAGGAGUCACUGUCUGGUCACUGUUACCCAGUGCUACCUAAGAGGAAGUGUAAUCAUUAGGGUAUCUGACUGCGGUGGCCUGUGCUUCUGAGUCAGCUUUGGAGCUGGAUACAUGAAAGACUGGGGGGCAGAGAUGUGGGUGAACAGCUUCUCCAUGGGACUCUGAUGAGCUUUCUCUUCUUACAGGGCCUUCAUCUCACUCUGACCCACACCUUGGCAGGGCGCCCCUACGAAGAAGACGUUCAUCACUCCUGUGCAGAGAAGGAAAUUCUGAAAUUCAGCCACAGUUGGAGUUUGUCAGAUUUCUGACGUUCAAAACAACUGGCUUUUAAAACACUGAUACUGCAUCAAAUCUACGAUGAACUGGAAUGCAAAACCAGAGAGUGUCGCCUUACCACCACAGUAUCCUAAAAACCAGGCAUCUUUUUUGGAGCAGGCUUUAGUUAACACACUUAGCAUGACGUCUCAAAGUUCUUUAAACCAUCCUGGAAGUAACCAAGAAGGAUGCCCAUUUCUCAGUAAUUCAAAUCCAGUUUCACAGCCACUGCUCAACAUCAGAAAUUAUAAAUCUCAACAAAUGCCUAUUUCUGAUACGCAUGGUGGGACAAUUGUGACCUCACAGACGUCCGUGGAGAGAAUAACAUAUGCCAAUGUUAAAGGACCCAAACAACUAAAUCAUGAUUUGCAAAUGCCUUCAGGAGUUACACAGGAUGUGUGGUUGAACUCACCGAUGAGGAAUUCUAUGCUUUCUCAUACAGGGACAACUGUAUCUCAUCAAACUGGUUUUGGAACGAACAUGCCCAAUGUACAUGCACUACAGAAUCAAUUUGUAACAUCAGAUACCUAUUCUAUGCAAAUACAUAUGAUCCCUCCUAAUUCUGGAAGAGUUCCUGUAACUUACCAAGGAAACCCAAGACUUAACCCACCUUUACCAGAGCAGCAGGUUGACUGGUCACAGCAGUGUGCAUCCAGUGGACUGCCUUACCCAGAUUACAGGCCACUUCCAAAGCAAUACAGCUAUUCACCACGAAGCUUUUUGCAAGAUCCUCCUUUUCAGGAACAAAACCCUAUGUCAUCUGUAUCACUACAAGUUAAAAAAAGUCACCCUCCAAAUCCUGCACUGACUUUACAGUCAAAGCAGACUGCAACCGUACCGUCCUACCAAUACGCAGUUACUCAAACUGACAAAAGGCCACCCCCACCUCCUUAUGACUGUCGGUAUACAAGCCAUCCUCUGCAGAGGACUCAGCACGUUGUUAAACACCCUUCUGUGGAAGUUCCUCAGAGUCAAGACGUGCACUUACCUCAAAUGAGGAAAGAAUUUUAUAGAGGUUUUCAACAGCAAUGGCAAAACGUUAACGAAAGUUUCAGCAUGAUGGGAAAUUCCUGUAACUUGAGAGUAAAUAGCAAUGUCAGUCAGCCUUUUGAUGAACCUAUUAGAUCGUCUGUGGAUGGUGUUCAGGCUCUUGCUCAAAAUAAUCAAGAGAAAAGAGUGGAUUCCCGAAAUCUAACUUCAAAUCAAGUACUUGACACAAGUGCCACAAAAGAAAAGUUAGUGAGGGAUAUUAAAACAUUGGUAGAAAUAAAAAAGAAGUUUUCAGACCUUGCAAGGAAAAUUAAAAUUAACAAAAAUCUUUUGAUGGCAGCAGGCUGUAUUAAAACAACGAAUACCUCUUACGGUGAAUCGGCUCAAAAUUCUGAGCUGUCUCUGAAACAAACUGUCAAAAUCCAGCCUGGGACACAGGUAACCCUGGUCACUCCAGAGACUGCAGAGAAUAAACCAGCAACAGUAAUGGGAUCUGCAGGAGAAACAAAUAGAAUACACAGUACAUUGAAUUCCAACCUUCAGGACAGAAAUUUUAACCAAGUCAGUGCUGUUUUACUAAAUUCUGCCUGUUCGGAAAAGUUGCCAAUACCAGAAGGGUUACAUGAUUUGAAAGUUGUGAGUUCUUUAAAGACAUCAGCUGUUGAAAUUACCCAGGCAACACUAAAUAACACCCAGUUUUCAUCAGGAAAUUUUGUCAACGUUGCACAAAAUGGGCCAACAAAUUCUGAAACAGCUUCUCUUCCUCAGUCUACGUCUUUUGAGGAAUAUGCUUCAAAAUAUCCAAAUAAAAAUAGGCUAAUUCUCAGUUUACUUGCACCUGGAGAUAAAACUCUGAAGACAUUAUUAAAAGAUACUAAUGAAACUAUUCAAGAUUCAAAGCUGCAUAGUUUUGAAAUAAAUCCAAAUGCCCCAAACACUGGUAACCAACUGAAUUUGAAAACCAUGGAAACUCCAAGUACAUAUAAUAUAAAUGCCAAGAUUUCAGACAGUUCUUGCAUUGAGCUUAAAUCCUUAAAUGAACUGUCUUCUAAAAGUGACCAUCACUUUUCCACGGAAUUGCUAGCAACAUGUCUUUCUUUGUGGAAAAAGCAACCUUCAGAACUUACAGAAGGAAAACCAUGUAAUGAGUCAAAAGCGAACAGAACUGCAGUUGGAAUUUCAAAGCCUGUGGAAACCUGCGAGAAGAGUCCAUUUCCAGCUGUUGGAAAUUGUCAGAAUAAGAUUGUAAACAGCUCACAAGAAACAAUUCUGUCGAUGGUGGCACAGAAUUAUGAGUCUUCAGGUGCAGCGACUACGAAGGGAAUUGCUGUAGUGUCACCCUUAAUUCUUUCAGAUGUCAAAACACUGCCUGUCAGAGGUGCAACACCUGAAGCCUUACCUGAAGCAGUGUAUCCAGUUAUUGAAGAAGGCAGUGUCUGUAGCUUACAGAAUAAGUUGGUAGAAGAUACUGCUUCGAAGUUUACUGUUAAUGAGCCAGUAACAAGUACUACAAGCAUCACGGUUUUCCCACUGAUGCAGAAGGAAAAGCAUGAGCCAAUGAAUGCUAAUUCAGAAGGCACGGCUCAUGCCAGUCAAGGGAAGCAGCACAGAUCAGAGCCAGAUACCCAGUAUCCUGUGAGGGGCCAGCAAGCUUCGUGUGUAUCAAAGGACAGCGACGCUGUGAGCAGCGAUGUAUUACAGAUUGGCGAUAUUUGUUCUCUUCUUGAAGGCGAUACCUCUUACAAUUCCCAAAUAGCAAAGAUAUUCAGUUUGUCCCCUUUAAACAAAGCUGAGCCACAGAAGCCCUCUCUGCCCAACCCCCAAGGGAUGAAUAGUAGCCAACAAAAUGAACAGUUGGAUAACAUCACUGAAAAUAAAGACUUUGGUUUUCAGGAUAUUGUGCCGUGCACGGAUGUGUCACAUAAGAUAACUGACCAGUCACAGUCACUGCAACCUUCAGAAUCGUCAUCUUUGAAGUACGUUGAAGCAAAGAGUGGCAUUCUGGAGGAAAGCAGUUUGGAGCAUGUUGCUAAAAAUGAAGGCAUGGCUGACGAUACGCGUUCAUCGGCUGCUGUUCAGCAGGACAGUUGCCCUCAGGAAGGUGAUGUGUCCUGCACUUACACUGACCAGGAUCCUACAAGAAACGAGAUUCUCAGUGACAAGACACCCAUCUUAUACCUGCACGAUCAGCUGUCAGAACUUUUGAAAGAGUUUCCCUACGGUAUUGAACCUGUGAACUUGCAUGAAGGUUCUGUUGUCCAGCAAACGACAGACCAGAUCUCAAAAGCUCAAGCUUGUGACAAAACCGGUUGUAACUCCAAAGACUCCACAGACCAAAUCCAAAUUACGAUAUUGAACUUGGAGCAAAUGAAAGAAUUAUUUCCUGAGCAGGACGACCAACUGACAGAACCUCAGGAAGAAAAGCCUGUCCCAAAAGACAGGAAGCAGUGUGACCCACAAGCACGUACAGUUGAAGAAAGUUGCGAGUCUGCAGCAGUGGAUUCAGAAAAAGAUGAUGUGCGUUGUUGUGCACUGGGGUGGCUCUCUAUGGUUUACGAAGGAGUUCCUCAGUGCCAGUGUAGUUCUAGUGAGAACCCAGCCUCCAAGGAAGAAGGGAAAGGGCCGUGUUCUCCCUUGGAGACCAGCAGUUACAAACAAGGACAGAGAACUGAAGAUGUGACCCUGUUGCUAUUUAAUAAGCCUCCAAGUAACAAUCCAGAGACUCCUAUGAAUUUCCCAGUUGAGAAAAAGCAUGUUCCUGAAACAGAGCAAGGCAAGAAUGUAGAAGAUAAAUCCAAAGCAAAACCUAACAGCUCCCUAAGGACAGAACAAGAGUUGUCUGGUCCACUUCUAUCCAAAGCUGAUAAGAAACUAGAUUCCUCCUUCCAGAGUCACAAAAGAAAAAAAAGACUGCAAUUUCAUGAGAUAACGUUUCACUCCACGAGCAAAAUUACAAAAUUUUCUCAAGAGGGCCUGCAGAGGAAGCUCAUGGCCCAAAGCCUACACCCGUUAAAGCCAAAGAUGGGUUUUUUGACAAGUAAAAAUAAAGAUCUGCAUAUGAAAAAUGGCUCCCUGGUGCCAUCAGUGUCCCCAGAAAAGAGAAAAUUGAAAGCAGGUGGCUCCAAACAAAAAGUUUUGGAAAAAAGGAAGCUGGAUGAAGGGAACGUACUUGACUCGGAGAUGAAGAGGAAGAAAUACGAUAGACCCGAGCAGGGUAAACACGUGGGAGGCGGUUCCUUUAAAUUCUGUACUCUCUUCUCCACCCCCAGUGAAAGAGCCAGGAUUAAAGAAAAGACGGUACCGAACGUUACGUCCCCAGGCUCCAAGGAUAGCUCAUCUAAAAUUCAUAGAGUCCUGGCCCCGAAGGAGUAUUUAUCAAGGCAGAAGCUUAUAGAAGCAGGGACUAGCAGCAAAGCAUUAAAGAAGAAUUACGCAAAAAACGCAACGUGUGACUCCCAGUACGUGAGGCCCGGUAAGCUUUCUGUGCGAGCUGGAGGUUGUGAGAAAUCAAACAGCAGCCUUCAGACCGCCAAAGAAUCGUUUAAUAUCUGUAGCAGCCAUGGCAAAACCCUCAAAAUCCAUCAUUCCAAGGAGUCUAAAACAUACGUUUCAAGGAAUAGUAAAGGAACGGUUGGUGGAAAACAACCUGAUAAAAUGUGGAUUGAUAAAACCAAAUUAGACAAGAAUUUAAACAAUGUAAAUAGUGACGUUGAAUUCAGCCAGAUGUCCUCCCAGGCAAAGGAUCAAAGGAAACUGUAUCUGAACAGAGUUGCAUUUAAAUGCACCGAACGUGAGCGCAUUUGUCUCACAAAAUUAGAUAAUUCACCCAGGAAGCUUAAUAAAGAGAAGAAACCAGAAGGUAGACCUAAGAGCCUUGUACCUGUGAAAGAUGCUGCGGAGAAACUGAGCAUGCUGGAGUUUAAGUUAUGUCCAGAAGGACUGUUCAGUAAGAAUACAAACCCCGUUGAAGACCAAAAGGAUCUGCAGCCUUGUCCUAGGAAGGAGCAAGCCCCUGUGCAAGUUUCAGGAAUAAAAAGUACAAAAGAAGACUGGUUAAAAUGUGUGACUGAGGAGAAAAGGAUGCCAGAAGCCAACCAAGAAAUAGAUGAUAAUGUUUUGGCUCAUUCAAGACUCGCCAAGCGAAGCUUCAGUGCGGAUAGAUUUGAGACACUACAAAACCCAGUAAAAGACUCAAAAGCAAUGUUUCAGACCUACAAAAAGAUGUACAUGGAGAAGCGAAGCAGGAGUCUUGGUAGCAGCCCGUUAGAGUAAUUCUGAGACUCAGUUCUUCGGAUGGUUCCAUAAUUGCCACCAGAAAAUCUGUCACUUUAAGCUCAGAAUGUUUUUCUGGAAAUACACUUGCCAUGAUAAAAUUUCUCAGAGAUUUUGGUUACCACUUAGGCUAUGCAUAUCAUUGAAAUCACUUAAUUGGCUUGAGAACCUUAUUUGUGGGUAGCAGACGUAAGAAAUAGACGGUGUUGGUCAAGGAAGCCAUAAGGGAUUGAAUUUGGACGUUCUUAAACCAAGUUUACCAUUAUCUUGAAAGGCAUUUUUAUCUUAUUUUGAAAUGCUAACUAAAGGAGACCUGUUCCUCAGUUAGGGACUUGUUUAUUUCAGCUGGGACUGUAAAUAUAUUUUUGUUUCUAAAACAUGUUAGCAAAACUUAUUUUUCAAAAAUGCUGUGAAUGUUGUCAAAGUAUAUUCUUAAGUACUUUGUACCAAAUUGUAAACUUUUUGUCAGAGGUCUUGUUUUAUACUUGUUAAACUGAACACAACUUUUGCAUAAUGUUUAAACAUUACAUUUCAUACUUGAAAUAAACAUUUAUUUUU